CCGCUGGUGGCGCUGCGCCGUGCUGUGGGCUGCUACUGAGAUAAUCAAUGCCGUGGCCCGCGCUCCGAACCGGGCCAGACUCGAGCUGUCUCUGCAGCAGGUGGUAGUGCGUGCGGGACUUCCCAGUGGUUGAGCAGUGGAUAAACGCGCGAAGCGGUUUAGCAACAGGUCUGACAGGAGGAAACAGGUGCUCCGAUUCGCUGUAGAGUGCAUUUCGUGUACAAUUUAAGUUAUGAGUGCUGGUGCAGUCGACGAAAUACUCAAUUACAGUAGAAAAGAGGAGGAAGACUUUUACGCAAUUCUAGGAUGUGAUGAAAGCGCAACUGUUGAGCAAAUUACCGCAGAGUACAAAGCGCAAGCAUUACAAUAUCAUCCUGACAAAAAUGAGGGAAACAAAGAAGCAGAAGCGAAGUUUCAAAAACUGAAAGAAGCAAAGGAAACACUAUGCGACCCGGAAAAGAGAAAAAACUAUGACAAGUGGCGCAAUAGUGGCAUCGCAAUAAGUUACAAGCAAUGGGUAGGAAUGAAGGAACACGUUCAUUCUUCCAUGCAUUGGUCUACAUUGAAAACUAAAGACCGGAUGCUUCCUGAAGCUGGUGAAGGUGGCAGUGUUCGAGGUGGACCAGCCACUUCAGCCGCCCAUCGCAGAGCUUCAGAAGGGGGUGCUAAUAUCCAUUGGGGUGCCCGUGGCACAGUACAGUGGGAUUCAGAGGCUCCCAGUGAAGUGGUGAGCAAGUUUCGCAAUUAUGAAAUUUAAACAUUUAUUUAAAUGUCCACACACACACUUGUUUUGAAACUAAAAAGUACCCAGCAUUUCCCAUGUACUAACAGUAAAAAGCUGUGUUGACACUGGAUGUUUGUCAAUCACUUCUCGAUGGAGUAGAGCACUUGUAAGUCAUUCUGUAUAAAAAUGGAUGUUCCACCUUGUAGGUGUUGUUCUAAAACUCAUGGACAAUCAGUUGUCUGACAUUCCCUGUGACUGUUUAAAAUCCAUUUGAUAUUGUCUUCCUACAACUUCUGUCAAUUUAAAUAAACAUUCCAUUUUCAGUUCUUUUCAAAGAUGUGUAUGAAUAAUUUAUUGUAGUACAAAGCAAUUGCACAAUACUCUGCUAACAGCAGUUACAUCUUCUUUGACUUCUCAUCAAUAGUGAAUAUUUUUAAGAGCUGUACAUCUUAUUUUUAUGAUGUCAAAAUUGCAUACAUAUUUUUCCUGGACAUGUCAUGAAUGUGCUCAACUGAUAUUUGCGUAUUUGCUGAUUGAUGAGUCAUAUUCAACAAUGUAUUUUCUAAUGACAUUUUUUACAUGUUAACCAUGAGGCUGGUCCUAUGUAGAUUUCUUCUGUGAUAUGUAUACUUACAUGCAUUUCCUCCCUGCUAUCAUUCCCAUAGAAUUUAUGUGCUUUAAGAGUUCUAGUGCUCGUUGAAGGGGCUGAUUAUUGUUUGUUUGCAUUGAAUAUAUUGUUAUUAAUUGAAUAAUGUAUAGUUCAGAGAGGUAUUUGAGUGUUUUAUUGUUAUAUUAAGAUAUUUAUUUUUAUUUUAUUGAUCAAACACAUUAUUAUGUUAUUUUAUGUUCUAUUGGGAAGAUAGGACAAUCCUGAAUUGCCAAAAACAGGGUAUUGAAAAACGUUUAUUUUUGUAUGUGCGUGGUAAAGGAAAGAUGCGUAAGUAUUUGUGCUGAAUAUUCGUUAUGUACUUAAACAAAGAUGUGCAAUAUUUUUCAAUAAAACCAACACUACAGUUAUGGAGCAGAGACCUACAGUACUAUUGAAUCUACUAGUUGCAAAGUUUAAUGUUCCUUCUGCAAGAUUUGUGUGUACUGUAUGUAAAUGUUCUGGAGAAUAUAUCUAUGAAAAGUUUUAAAGACUCAUGAAUUGGAGGAUUUUUGUAUCUCUCCCAAUAAGGUUUCCUUAUUCACUGUAUGUACAGAAUCUUUAGUUAUGUAUCAGAAGAAGAAAGGUGUGCUUUAAUAAAUGUUUGGUGCAAACACACAAACUUUGUUUGAAUAUUUACAUUGUUUCCCUUGAAAUCAGAAUUAAUUUUGCAGUUAAAAUUAAUAAAAGAAUAUGUAAGUAUUUUUUAACAGAAAGAGCUAUAUGCAACAACUUGGUAAUGGAUCUUCCAGAUCAACCUUGGUAUUCCUGUAACACAAUAUUUUGCUUUCUUCCAUAAACAAUUGCAAUCACUCAGGU